UCUCUUAAAAUGGGGUUAAAUGGAGAAAACUAGUCGCGUUUUUCUUUUUCGUUUGGCGCUCUUGCCACAACCCUUUCGGGGCAACCCUUUUAGAUUCCCUCUUCUUUUCUAAUUUUUCUGAUUUUCUCUCUCUCUCUAAAACUCGAAUCGAAACCCUAGUUUCAGUUUCUCCAUAUCUUUCUCUAGAUUCGGUUUUCUACUCUAAUGGCGUCAGAACAGCAGUCACAGUCAAUCAAGAGUUCGAAGGUGUUGGUGGUUGGAGCUGGAGGAAUAGGGUGUGAACUGCUUAAGACACUUGCUCUUUCUGGGUUUCAAGAUAUUCACAUUAUUGACAUGGACACAAUUGAAGUGAGCAACCUCAACAGGCAAUUUUUGUUUCGAAAAUCGCAUGUGGGGCAGUCUAAGGCCAAGGUUGCUCGAGAUGCAGUCUUAAGAUUUAGGCCUCAAAUAAACAUAACUCCCUACCAUGCAAAUGUGAAAGAUCCCGACUUUAAUGUGGACUUCUUUAAGCAAUUUAAUGUUGUCUUGAAUGGCCUUGAUAAUUUAGAUGCUAGGCGGCAUGUCAAUCGCCUUUGCUUGGCAGCUGAUGUUCCUCUGGUAGAAAGUGGAACUACUGGGUUCUUGGGACAGGUAACUGUGCAUAUCAAGGGUAAAACAGAGUGCUAUGAAUGUCAACCCAAGCCCACUCCAAAAUCUUAUCCCGUGUGCACCAUUACUAGUACUCCAUCAAAGUUUGUUCACUGUAUUGUUUGGGCGAAGGAGUUGCUCUUUGCUAAGUUGUUUGGAGACAAGACUCAGGAGAAUGAUUUAAAUGUACGUUCAAAUGAUGCUUCUAGCUCAUCAGAACAUGCAGAGGAUGUAUUUGAACGAAGGGAGGGUGACGAUCCAGAGCAGUAUGGGAGAAGAAUAUACGAUCAUGUCUUUGGAUACAACAUUGAAGUGGCUUUAAGUAAUGAGGAGACAUGGAAAAACAGAAAUAGACCAAGGCCUAUUUACAGCAAGGAUGUUUUCCCCAACGGUUUCAUCCAGAGUAAUGGAAAUGCUGAUAAAGUGUCUGAUACUGAGAACCCAUCAUCAGUGUCUGCAACGGCCUCUCUCAGUUUGAAGAAUCCACAGGAUAUCUGGAGCCUUUCUGAAAAUUCAAAAAUCUUGUUGGAGGCUUUGAAAAUAUUUCUUGGAAAAAGAGAUAAGGAAAUUGGUAAUCUGAUAUUCGACAAGGAUGAUCAGUUAGCUGUGGAAUUCGUCACUGCUGCUGCAAAUAUUCGUGCAUCUUCUUUUGGUAUACCAUUGCAUAGUCUUUUUGAAGCUAAAGGUAUUGCGGGGAAUAUUGUGCAUGCAGUUGCGACAACAAAUGCAAUUAUUGCUGGGUUGAUUGUGAUUGAGGCUAUUAAGGUGCUUCAAAGUAAUUCAAACAACUGCAGGAUGACAUACUGCCUUGAACAUCCAUCUAGAAAGAUGCUUUUGAUGCCAGUAGAGCCAUUUGAGCCAAACAAAUCGUGUUAUGUCUGCUCUGAGACCCCCUUGUCACUUGAGGUUAAUACAAACUCUUCGAAGUUGCGGGACUUUGUUGAAAAGAUUGUCAAGAAUAAGCUUGGCAUGUGUUUUCCUUUAAUCAUGCACGGGUCAGCUCUCCUCUACGAGGUUGGAGAUGAUCUUGACCAAGCUAUGGUGGCCAAUUAUACAGCAAACCUUGAUAAGGUGCUAGCUGAGCUUCCUUCUCCUGUUACUAGUGGGACGGUGCUUACUGUAGAGGAUCUUCAGCAGGAAUUUACGUGCAAUAUUAAUAUCAAGCACAGAGAUGAAUUUGAUGAUGAAAAGGAACCUGAUGGGAUGGUUUUAUCCGGAUGGACACAAGCCCCCUCUAAGGAAAAAGAUGAUAGCGUGGCUGUUAGCAAUGGAGCGAGCACAUCAAGUGCAUCUCAAUCAACAGUGGUAGAAGCUGAGGACGAUGAUGACGUAGAAAUAGUUCCAACAGAACUUGCAUUUGUUUCCGCCGGAGCUAAAAGAAAGCUAUCUGAAAUUUCCAAUUCAAAUUCUUCAGCUCAUUCAAGUGUUGGUGAUGGCUACUGUGGUAAGAAAAAAAUAGAAGUUGUGGAUGAGGAAGAUGUAGUUGUGAUGCUCACUGAUGGCAAUUCUGAUGUCAGCAAGAAGAAAAGAUUGCAGUAGCCACAAGUGCUGAGGGCUGAGGACCGUUGUUCAUUCUAGUUCUUCCUCCUAAUUUUGUAACAAUAUAGAGCUGGCUUUUGCUUUUCUUUUUCCUGAUCGUAAUCCUGGUGAACAUAGUUUAUUUGCAUCUAAUCAUUUGUAAUCGGCUGAUCCAUCUUAUAGAUAUAUACUCGUAAAGCAUCCAUGUAGGAGGGAGUAUAUUUGUUUUUAAGGAAAGAAGAGGUGGCUUGAUAUGGUCACUGUGGAGCGUUCCAAGUCUGGGUUAAAUCUAAUUCCUUGGAAUUCUUCAUUUUCUAUAAUCUGUUUAUGGGAAGGAAGCAACAUCUCUUCUUGCCCG